UCUCUCAGGGGGUGGCGGGAGGGGGGGUUACACCUACUCCCAUUAGGGCUUUAGCACUUGACUAAUUCAGGUACUUAGCAUCCUAUAGACAGGGACGGUUUGAAAGCAGGCAGUGUUUGCAGUGGGGAGGACUGUUUAUAUAAACAGGACACCUCUGUAAACGACACUAAUAUUUGGGGUUAGGCGGCGAUGGAAGGGAAGGUUCUCUUGAGCCGGGAGAUACCCCAGUAACAGCGUGCAGUCCUUUCCUCGCAGUUUUAAAGGGAGAGGGUUCGAGGCGAUAUUUUUUUGGGGGGAAGCGUGCACAACCUACCAUGGCCACAUCUGGCAGGAUCAGUUUUACAGUGAGGAGCAUUUUGGAUUUACCAGAGCAGGAUGCCAACAGCAUAAAGCAAGCCUCUGACCAUCACCACUCCGCCGAGAACUACGCUGGCUCGCAGUACCGAGGGUGGAUAGAAGCAGAGAGAAAUCAUUAUCCCUCUUCCGACGAGAGCGGCCCGGAGCUGAGCGUGCCCGACUCCACCCAAAGGUCGCUCCCCGCCCGCGGUUCGGAGGCAGAGGAGAAGAAAAAGAAGCGUCGGGUGCUGUUCUCCAAGGCGCAGACGCUGGAGCUGGAGCGGCGGUUCCGGCAGCAGCGGUACCUCUCGGCGCCGGAGCGGGAGCAGCUGGCGCGGCUGCUCAGCCUCACCCCCACGCAGGUGAAGAUCUGGUUCCAAAACCACCGCUACAAGAUGAAACGGGCGCGGUGCGAGGGCAGCCCCCCGCCGCUGCCGCCCGCCCUGCUGCGCCGGGUGGUGGUGCCGGUGCUGGUGCGGGAGGGGGAGCCCUGCCGCCGCUGCCCCGCCGCAUCCCCGCCGCCCGCCGCCCGCCCCAAGCUGGGCUGCUCCCUGGCGGGCUGCAGCGCCCAGGCUGCCCUCGCCCUGCAGGGCUACCGAGCCUGCCAGCCCGCCUCCGCCCUCGGCGUCUUCCCCGCUUACCAGCACUUACCGCAUCCCGCCGUCGUGUCCUGGGGAUGGUGACCGCGGCGCUUCGCCCUCCAGGGCCGGACUCAUCCCACGGGCGCGGGGAGGCUCCCGGCGCAGGGCAGGCGGCGGGGCGGCCCCGGGGCGGCGGGCAGGAGCUCGCCCGGCCGCCCUCCCCUGCCAAGGCGAGGAUGCCGGGUGCGGCUCCGUUUUUGUAAAAUCUCUGCUCCUCCCGCUUCUUUCCGAGAGGUUCGUUGUUAAAAAAAGAAAGAAUAAUAAUCCUAGCGACCUAGUUUAUUUUUUAAAUGAUUCUUCCAGUGACUAAUAAAAUGAUUUUGGACAAUUAUUUUUUUUUUCCCCGGCGGGGGAGUGUAUUUUUGACGAUUGGGGC